GUCGUGCAAUCCGCGUGUGUUCUAGGUGAAAAUGAAAGCGAACCGUUUGUUUCGCGUGUCCGUCGCAGUGCUGUGUGUCAUCCCGUGGACGUACGCGUACAUCGUCGAUCCCGGACCCGUCGUAAAGGCCACCAAAGGGGAGAUAUGGCCUAAACCGAGGAACCAAACCACUUCCCAGCACUACUACAGGUUCAGACCGGGCACGUUCCGGUUUCAGCCUACCAACUUUACCUGCGAUAUAUUGAACACGGCGUUGGUUCGCUACCAAAAAAUAGUCCUAGCAAUCGGCAACAAGACCCGGCGGGUGAUGUUCAAGAGGCAGUAUUCCUCGCAAGUGGCAAACAUCCUGCAAAGUGCCUAUGGUCCACGUUCCUGGAGCUCGGAUCCCAACUGGAACGGCUUCGUGGAACAAGUCGAUGUGGACCUGAAAGCUCCCUGCGAAACGCUGCCGUACCUCUCAAUGGACGAAGAAUACACAAUCGUGGUCAACGACUCCCAGGCGCUUUUGUCAUCGUACUCGAUCUGGGGCAUCCUGCGAGCACUGGAAUCCUUCUCACAGAUGGUCGUCCUCGCUGAAGACGGCAGCACGUUGCGAAUCAACGCCACAACCGUAAACGAUGGUCCGAGGUUUUCGCAUCGUGGCCUGCUGGUGGACACAUCGCGCCAUUUCGUUGACACACCCACGCUGGUGAAGAUCCUGGACGGGAUGGCGUACAACAAGCUGAACGUGUUCCACUGGCACAUUGUGGACGAUCACAGCUUCCCGUACGAGAGUCGCACGUUUCCAGAGCUGAGUCAACAGGGUGCUUAUCAUCCGUCGAUGGUGUACAGCCAAGCCGACAUCGCGAUGAUCAUCGAAGAGGCCACAUUGCGAGGGAUCCGUGUGAUGUCCGAAUUCGAUACUCCCGGUCACACGCGAUCGUGGGGUGUAUCGCAUCCGGAGCUGUUGACUGAGUGCUACGAUCAGUACCGGGGCAAACUCGGACCGAUGGAUCCGACACGUGAAUCCACGUACACCUUCCUGUCGCAGCUGUUCCGUGAGGUGAUCGAGGUGUUCCCGGAUCGGUACGUGCACCUUGGCGGUGACGAGGUUGGCUUCGAGUGCUGGGCUAGCAACCCGAACGUGCUGGAGUACAUGAAGCAGAACCGGCUGUACUCGUUCGAGAUGCUGGAGGAGAAGUUCAUCCAGCGGAUCGUCGAUCAGAUCGAUGCGCUCAACCGGAGCUCGCUCGUGUGGCAAGAGGUGUACGUGAAUGGAGUGCAGCUUCCGAACGGAACCGUGGUGCACGUUUGGACUGGCAAUCGGCAGGAUCUGCUGGCUAAGAUAACGCGCGAUGGUUUACCGGCGUUACUGUCGUCCUGCUGGUAUCUGGACCACCUCAGCACCGGUGGGGAUUGGCGCAAGUUCUACAACUGUGAUCCGCACGAUUUCGUCGGAACUGGCGCACAAAAGUCGCUGGUUCUCGGUGGCGAAGCGUGCAUGUGGUCGGAGGUGGUGAACGGGAACAACAUUCUGCCGCGCAUAUUCCCCCGAGUGUCGGCAACGGCCGAAAAGCUGUGGUCACCUGCCAACGUGAACAAUGCGGACGAAGCGGCUCGCAGGCUGGAAGAGCAAACCUGCCGCAUGAAUCAUCGCGGUAUUCCGGCACAGCCACCAAAUGGGCCGGGAUUUUGUAUUUAAAGUUAGGGCUAGUUGCUGGUGGUAGCUGGGCAAUUAAAUAAGUUCCGAAACGAUUGGUUUUUUUGGGAUGAUUGAAACAAUCAUCGAUCGAUUAGGUCCUAUCA